AUGAUUGAACCGCUCAGCGAUGACAACGGUUCCAGCCCUCUUAGCGAAGUCGAGGAUGCCGAUGGGGAGGAGCUUGACCAGCUCGACCUUGGCGAUCGCGACGAGGCAGAUCAAGAUAAUGACACAGAAGCAGAGACGGAGCGAUUGCACGACACUCCACACAACCCCCGACGAGUUGUAAUGAACCAAUUUAACGAACAAGUCUUCGAGCGAACUCCCACCAAGCUUCGUCAAGAAAAGACUACACACAGUGGGGAUGAUGAUGAAGAUGACGACGAACCACUUUCAGAAGAAGAAUCAAUCGCUUCGAGCCCUCCAAUACGAGCGCAAGAUUCGACAGUUGUUACAGAUGCCGAAAAGCUACAGAGUCCCACUCUAGAUAUGCUCGCUGAGGCGGUGGCUCAAGAAGCUGAAAAUAGGAAGCGCAAGCGCUCAUCACAUCCCGCAGAACAACCUGAUAUCGAACUAUCACCACGCAAGCGCCCAUCCCCGGAAAUUCCCGUCGUUCAAGGAGAUGGAGACGGCGACGUCGCAAUGGCCGACGAAGAAGAGGAAGCUUCAACAAAUACAAAUAGCGGUGAACACUCGGCGGACGAGGGUGUCGAUGCGACUAUUCCUCCAGAAACGCGGGGUCAAGCCGAACAGCCCGAUGACCAAGAAGCCGAGGUUGAAAUACGGAAACAAACCCGUAGCGGUUCUAGAAAACAAAGGGGACCGGUGGACGAAAAAACGGUUGACGGAAACGAGCAUGGGGCCGCCCCAAACCACGCUGCAAUAGAAGAAGAUAGUGCACCUACUGGAGAUGAGCACAUGGUGGAUGUGGACGAAGAAGCCGAGGCAGCGCACAGGAAUGAAGAAGAGCUUGAGCGCAAACGAACAGCUUUUGAGCAAUUGACGAGCAUCGAAGAACGUUUCGCUGCAUUUCGAACGAAGUUCUACGACGAAAAACUCGAGCAAUUGAAUCAAGAAGAAGCCGCGCUAAGAUCUGACAAUCCUACUCACCCCGAAUACCUUGCCAUGAUGCAAUGUAUAGAUGCGCGCAGAGACGAGAAGCUCCGGAUAGCCGAAAAGGAGCUGGAAUUGAAUAUGGAGGCAUUGGAGAGGUGGGCAGUCGCGAGGCGUUCACAAGUACACUCCCAAUUCUACCAAUCCGUUCGAGAGUCCAGGGAGAGGACCUUGGCCGAGCUCGGCCAGCAUUGGUACGACAUUCAGCAUGAGCGCCGGAAACAUGCCAAUAACGUUCCCGACUUUGGUAUUCGUUACCCGCAGAGCCACAACCAAAGGAUUCGCAAUGCGUUGGCCUACAAUAAAGAGGUGUCGAUUUUGUCUGGCAUUGCUAAAUAUGAGGGCAUGCCUGCCGCGCCUAACAUGUGUGGCGCUUCGCUACAAGAGCUGGAUGACGACUUCGAAGCCAUGACCGUACGCCGUCUAAUGAAACACUCUUGUCGUUUCGAGCAUGGCUGA